GAGAAACCCUGUCUUGGGAAAAAAAAAAAGAAAAAGAUAUACAAACUAGGUAACAAGAAGUCUGCCAUAUCCAUAGUUUAAAAAUAAUAUUAGCCUGUGUGUGUUUAUUUGGGACUGAGUGGCUGCAGGACUGGCAGGUGAGAGAGAUUAGUCCUGACUGUGGACCAGGUGGGACACAGGAAAACUUUCAGCUACACAGUAAUGCUAUCUGUUCCAACUAAGAUUCUGAUUCUGACCUAGUGUAGCCAGGGAACCCCUGUGUCCCCAAACACAUACAAACACAGUCAUUCAGAUAACUGGUUUCAGCCAGUAUGAAAGAGACAAUAUUCAAAAGGCUGUCAAACUCCAAGGAAUUAAUAGCUGGGUCCACAGCCAAGAAUAAAAACUUAUUUUCCAGAAAGACUCAGAAUGUGAAGCAAGAUAAGUGCACUGAAGCAAUAAACUAAUUAACCACUUGUGAUUUCUCUUCAAAGGGGCACCAAGGUUCAGAUAAGCAGAUCUAUGGACCAUGCACCAUAGCUCCUGCUAUUGAAAUUAUUCUUAUGGGAGGUGUCUUAAUGACAUAUUCACUCUUACCUCUGACCUCACCUGAUUAAAUCCUUCCUUGACUCCCAUAAAAAUAUUUCCAAAUGUUUUUCUAACGUUGUUCAAGCAGGUGUGGCCCUGAUGAGCCUCUCAUUCCCUACGAUGUUGAACAUUUUCAGUCCCUGCUCCUCCUUUAAUGGAUAAUCAAAUUUGUUGGUUGCAGAACUUAACAGAUUCCUUUUCAAAUAGUUAUGAAAAAACAUUACUCCACCUCUCCUCGACCAGAUCCAGAUACAUCAUACCUUACAUUGGACCAAAUGAGACAAGUUUUCCUUAGGAUUUUCAAGUAAAAAAAAAAAAAUUACAUGUUUCUUAUACCAACAGUCUCCUACAACCUUUUUCUCAUGGUUUGAUUUUCAUCUUGUGUCUUUGAUUCUUGUUCACUUAGCAACCUGGUACAACUGUUAUCUUCAAGACUCCACACCCCAAAACUUUAACUGAUGGUGACCAAGUGAUGCUAACCUUCGACCACUAUGAUCACUUUCUUCUUUUAGAGUCCUUGAACUUCCUUCCUUGGAGGAAUCUGUGACCCCUCAUCUGGAUGUUCCUUAUGACAAUGCCCUCACCCAGCAAGAAAUAGCCAGAUGAGCCACUCCCCCUGUUCCCUAGAAGAUUUCAAGAGGCUAAUGUUGAGCAGGAGGUUAGCUGACCAAUUGUCUCUCCAAAUCAGGAUAUAGAGAGCAAUAGGUGAUCCCUGAGCCUUAGGUACAGGAGCUGUGUUCUAGAUGUAUCAGUUGGGACUGGGCUUCUCAAAUGUGCACUUCAAUUAGUUGUGAUUUUUUUUCUUUAAUGGUCUGUGUCUGUCUCAAAGAGAAGUUUCCUUGACGAGGAAUGAAGAUUACACUUAUCUUUGAGUAUAAGAACAAAUAUUUAGAAUAUAGUUAAAGAUUAUAAUGGUUUAAUAAAUGGGUGGUUAUAGGUUCUCCUCCAAAAACCCAUGACUUCACUAGUCCUGGGUAGUUGGCUAGGUUUCCAAUACCAGGACUGAUUUCCUCACUGUUGAGUGGGUAUUAAGUCCAAUUAGUCAGUUGUUUGUUACCACCAAAGUAUACAUGCCACUACUGCACACUUACAAUGAUUGUACCGUGGUAGUGGUCAUUUUAAUUGGGACAACUCGGGGCUCUUGGUAGGUUGCAUAGAUGGUGUAGGUGGAUAGGAUGUAACAAUAUUUGCUAGUGUUCAUUCUCACUGGGCCAGUGCAAGAAUUCCCAACAAAUAGGACCUAAGGAGCAACAAGCGGGAGUGGUUGAUUCUACCUGAAUGAGCUCAAACUGGCCUCAGGAAUUUUUUCACAUGGGAAUGUUUACCUGGUGCUGUUACCUUCUUUCUUAGUGAGCUUUUCAACUUUGGGGUUAUUUAAACUCUAUUCCUCACUUCUUAGACUGUACUUUGGGUAAAAUCUAAGAGAUGCUGGCUCUUUUCCUAAAAGUACCCACCCUAAGGCAAAUAUAGGUGAAGAGGUAACAGAGAGGAGAGUGUGCCUAUCAGAAUCAAAGCCACUGUUGCCCAGCUUGGUCUGCUCUGAUUUUGAAGUCUGUUCUUGUUUCCUUGUUUGCUAAAACCCAGUGCUAACCUGCUUGCUCAAUUUGCUGUGCUGUAUUUGAUGUUUUCUCUUCUAGGAGCAAAGAACUAAGAGUGUUACUGAGCUCGAGACUAGGGGAGACUUGAGACAUGCCAUAACCACAAGGGAAUAAUUUCUAUGUAGCAAAAAUAAGCUGCAGGAGAAUCAGAACCUUAGUCAGAAGAGUGGUAAACAAUGAGUUCCAAGCAGCAACACGUGAAACUAAAUGAUGGCCACUUCAUUCCAGCACUGGGCUUUGGCACAUAUAAACCCGAAGAGGUUCCUGAAAAUAAGCCCCUGGAGGCUAUAAAUUUAGCUAUAGAGGCUGGGUUCCGCCAUAUCGAUACUGCUUAUGUGUAUCAAACAGAAAAAGAUGUAGGGCAGGCUAUUCGAAGCAAGAUUGCAGCUGGCAUUGUGAAGAGGGAAGACAUAUUCGUUGUUACAAAGCUUUGGUGCACUUUCUUUAGACCAGAGCUGGUUCGAUCUAACUUGGAAAAAUCAUUGAAAAACCUUCAACUGGAUUAUGUUGACCUCUAUAUCAUUCAUUACCCAGUGCCAAUGAAGCCAGGGGAGAAUCUGUUUCCAGAAGAUGAACAUGGGAAAACGUUAUUGGACACUGUGGAUAUCUGUGCCACAUGGGAGGCCAUGGAGAAGUGUAAGGAUGCAGGAUUGGUCAAGUCCAUUGGAGUGUCCAACUUUAAUAGCAGGCAGCUGGAGAAAAUCCUGAAUAAGCCUGGGCUUAAGUACAAGCCUGUCUGUAACCAGGUGGAAUGCCAUCUUUACCUGAACCAGAGCAAGCUGUUGAACUACUGCAAGUCAAAGAACAUUGUUCUAGUUGCCUACUGUGCUCUUGGAUCUCAGCGUCCUAAACGAUGGGUGGAUCCAAACUCCCCAGUUCUCUUGAAUGAUCCAGUUCUUUGUGACAUGGCGAAAAAACACAAGCGAAGUCCAGCCCAGAUUGCUCUUCGUUACCAUCUUCAACGUGGAAUUGUGGUCCUUGCCCAGAGUUACAAAGAAAAUGAGAUAAAAGAGAACUUACAGGUACUUGAAUUUGAACUGCCAUUGGAGGAUAUGAAAAUCCUAGAUAGCCUGAACAGAAAUUUAAGAUAUGCACCUGCUCCAUUUGGUGAGGGCCACCCAGAAUACCCCUUUUCUGAUGAAUUUUAAUGUGGUGGCCUGUGUCAUGACUUCUAUCUCAAGUCUCAACAUAUCUCUAUAUGGAUAAUGAUGUGGGCAACAUCUGAGAUGCUGUUGAUAGAACAUAUCUCACUUCUGCUCAAUCUGAACUGCUUAACAACUCAACUUCAGCUAGUUAUGACCAUCAGUCCACCAUAAUUCAUUACAUUUUCAUCAUGCUUUGAAAUAAUGCUAAUGUUUCCUAUAAAAAGGUCUUUCUUUA